AUGCUUCAAGCACUCCACGCUCUUUUAGCCCUCCCGGCGCUGGCCUACGCCUACGCCAGCCCCGAGUCUUGCUCGGGCGAAUGUGUCGUCAGUGACCCUGGCCUCAUUCGCAGAGAAUCGGACGGCAAGUACUUCCGUUUCUCCACCGGCAAUGAGAUCUCGUAUGCCAGCUCCGACUCCCUGUCCGGACCCUGGGAUGUGAUCGGAUCCGUCCUGCCCGAUGGCUCCAGCAUCGAUCUCGACGGCAACACCGAUCUGUGGGCCCCCGAUGUCCACUACAUCGACGACACCUACUACGUGUUCUACGCCGUGUCCACCUUCGGCUCCCAGGACUCUGCCAUCGGCCUGGCCACCUCGACCACCAUGGAGCUGGACAGCUGGACUGACCACGGCUCCAUCGGCGUCGAGUCCGAGAGCGGCAAGCUCUACAACUCGAUCGACCCCAACCUGAUCAAGGUCGGCUCCGACUACUACAUGAACUUCGGGUCCUUCUACGACGACAUCUACCAGGUGCCGAUGAACUCGGCCGCCACCAAGAAGUCCUCCGGCGACUCCGCCUACAACAUCGCCUACAACGCCACCACCGACCACUCCGAGGAGGGCUCCUACAUGUACGAGUACGACGACUACUACUACCUGUUCUUCUCGUCCGGCGCCUGCUGCGACUACAACGUCGACCUGCCUUCCCCCGGCGAGGAGUACAAGAUCAUGGUCUGCCGCAGCAAGUCCGCUACCGGUGACUUCGUCGACAAGGACGGCACAGCCUGCGCGGAGAGCGGAGGUACCCCCGUCCUCGAGAGCCAUGGCACCACCUACGGUCCCGGUGGUCAGGGUAUCUUCGAUGAUCCCACCGAGGGCGUCAUCAUCUACUACCACUACAUCAACACCGACAUCGGCUACGCUGAUGACGACAAGCAGUUCGGCUGGAACAAGCUUACCUGGACCGAUGGCUGGCCUUCCGUUUAA